GACUCGUGCAGAGUCAAUUCGUGUGAUGUUAUGUUGGGAGCUUGGGCAUCUUCCUUCGAUCAAUCUUCCCUCCAAUCCAGUAUUCAACCCCUCAAAGCUAUAAUUUGGCUCUCUCAAGUCUCAGCUGAGUUCGCAGUAGCAUCCCGGCUCUCUUGUUACACUUGCAUGACCGCUUAAAUCUCCCUUUCCCCCUAAAAGGCGAUUCUUGGCAGAAACGCAACUUUUCCUGUCCGCGUAGCUAGCCUAGCGAUUGCGCCCAGGGCUUCCGUAAUGUCAACAAUGGCAGUACAAUCGGGUCGAAUUAGAAUCUUGAAAGAAGGAUCUGGGGGGUUGGAGGGACGAGUGGGUCCCGUCGUGUACUGGAUGUUCAGAGAUCAACGGGUAAAAGACAAUUGGGCUCUCAUCCACGCUGUUCAUCAGGCUAACAAAGCUAACGUCCCCGUCGCAGUUGUUUUCAAUCUUUUCGACCAGUUUUUGGGCGCAAAAGCCCGCCAUUUGGGGUUUAUGUUGAGAGGUUUACGCCAGUUGUCCCCGGCUAUUCAACACAAUCUUCAAAUUCCCUUUUUCUUGGUUCGGGGAGAGGCAGAGGACACUAUACCAGAUUUCCUCAAAGAGUGUGGAGCCUCGUUGCUGGUAACAGACUUCUCACCCUUGCGAGAAGUCCGGAGGUGCAAAGCGGCUAUUUGCAAUAGGGUAAGCGAUUUGGUUACAAUACAUGAAGUCGAUGCUCACAACGUAGUACCCGUUUGGGUAGCGUCGGAGAAGUUGGAGUAUAGUGCUAGGACCAUAAGAGGAAAGAUAACCAAAAGGCUUUCUGAGUAUCUGAUUGAUUUUCCUACAAUGGAACCACCGACUAGGAAAUGGAUCGGUAAGAACCAAUUGAUCGAUUGGGACGGCCUCAUUGCUGAGGUGUUGAGGAUAGGAGCAGAGGUUCCCCAAUUACAUUGGUGUGAACCAGGGGAAAUUGCAGCGAUGGAAGUAUUGAUGGGUAAUAAAAAUGGAUUCUUGACUAAAAGGCUGAAAAAUUAUUCCAAAGACCGCAAUGAUCCGUCCAAACCCAGUGGUCUUUCGGGCCUAUCUCCCCAUUUACAUUUUGGGCAAAUUUCUGCCCAACGCUGUGCCCUAGAAGCACAGAAGCUGCGAAAAUCAUAUCCUCAGGCCAUUGAAGUUUUCUUGGAAGAGUUGAUUGUGCGGAGAGAACUUGCUGAUAAUUUUUGUUACUAUCAGCCACAUUAUGAUUCAUUGCAGGGAGCAUGGGAAUGGGCUCGCAAGACUUUAUUAGACCAUGCCAAUGAUAAACGAGAACAUAUCUACUCGAGGGAGCUAUUAGAGAAAGCACAAACUGCAGAUCCUCUUUGGAAUGCUUCUCAGAAGGAGAUGGUUUACCAUGGAAAAAUGCAUGGUUUUAUGCGAAUGUAUUGGGCAAAGAAGAUACUUGAGUGGACAAGAGGACCUGAAGAAGCCCUCGAGAUAUGUAUAUAUUUAAAUGACAAGUACGAAAUAGAUGGGAGAGAUCCAAACGGAUACGUUGGCUGCAUGUGGUCGAUAUGUGGUGUCCAUGAUCAGGGCUGGCAAGAGCGACCAAUUUUUGGGAAAAUUCGAUACAUGAAUUAUGCAGGGUGCAAAAGAAAAUUCGAUGUCGACGGAUAUAUAGCACACGUCACCAAGUUAGUUGGUGAAAUCAGAAAGAGAAAGGCUGAAAGCUUGCUAUCCGAGAAGGAGAAAGUACAACACCAUUAGUCCUAAUGUGAACAUAUACUUUAUUAUGCAUUUUGUGGCUGGCCGUUUUGAAGAUUAUGGAAGCAGAGAUGUGCAAAUCUGCCAGCGGCUAUUAUGUUUGAAACGAGCGCAGAGUUGAUGAUCCUUGAUACAUUGUUAAUAUCACAAGUGCAUGCCCAAUUUAUAUUAAAACCAUAUAAUCGGACCAUCUAGCAAAACUAUUGUUACAUUUUUCUGUAUGGUUUGAUACAAAUACAGACAUGCUUCUAUUA